AUGACUUUAACCUUAAAGGGAGUUUACCACAUCACGGCAUUUAGUUGGUAUGCUUUUGUUGUGAUCACUCUGGCUGCUAAAGAUGGAGAACAAUUGCCACCUGGGAUCUUUGUGUAUGGAGGACCUUGGAAAUACCUCACGUUUUUGAACUUGCUACUCCAAAUGGUAUUCUUUGGACUGGCCGCACUUAACGAUCUUCAAUACGGAAAAAGCUUGGACAGCACACUGAACAGAUGUACAGAUUUAAUAUUCUCCGUCUUUUCCUUCCCGGUGGGCACGUUUGUCGUCGUGCUUUUUUGGGCUAUCUUUGCUUACGACAGAGAGUUAGUCUACCCGGCAACUAUUGACGCCUUCCUACCUCCUUGGAUAAACCACGCCAUGCACACAUGUGUUCUUCCUUUGUUACUGGGAGAAUUUCUGGUGCAGCCGCACGCCUACCCGCAGACCAAGGAUGCGGUGGCCACACUGGGAGUCGUGGGUGUGGGUUACCUUCUUUGGAUUGUCUGGGUGUACUUCUCCGCGGGGAUUUGGGUGUAUCCCCUCCUUGGCCAUUUCAGUGCUGUCGGACUGCUGUGCUUCUUUUGUUUGAACAUGUCUGUGGUGACCUUGCUUUACCUGCUUGGAAACCAACUCAACCGCUGCGUGUGGAAAUACCCACACUGA